GGAGCCGCGAGUAACUACACCAAACUAAGAUGGCGGGAGAAUAGAAAAGUGCUUUCAAGUUCUGGCCUUAAACAUUCGGAAAUUAUUAUUUUUUUAAUCUUGAUACAGUAGGUUUUAUCAAGGAAUAACUGCAAUCAUGAGUGAAUUCAAGAUCCACCACCAUGUUAGUGAACUGAUGAACCAACUUGGCAUCAGGUCUUCAGAUUCUAUUGGAGAAGAAGUGUAUACAGAAAGGCUUUUAAAGAAUACUACACCAUACAUCACAACUCAGGUGUCUUCACAUCAUGCCAAACGCAAAAUAGGAGAAUCAACUCCCACACCAAUUGAAUUCUUUACCAAAUAUGAUGAGAUAAAAGCAAAAAAUGUCAGAGACCUAGACCCUUUAGUAUAUCUGAUGUCAAAACUUUGUGAUGAAUCCCAGACCAAGGAGUUUUUAGCUAAGAAUGCAAUAGAUCAGGCCAAGACAGCAGGCAUGACAACUUUGUCAGUUCAGCAUGACAAGAUCUUAGCUCAGAUUCCAGAGUCUGGCACUAAAAUGACAGCCCAGGAAUUGUCAGAGAUCAAAGAUCGUUUACUGAAAGAAGCUAAUGCAGUAUCAGCAACCACCAUGACAGACUUUGUUCGGAAGGCUCUUAAAGAAAAAGAGCAGAAGCAGAACUUGAACAUCCCUCUGCAGCCAGACUGGUUGUUUCAGCGUCCAUCACUCACACUUGACUUCAUGGUUGGUGUUGAUGGGCCAACAGACCAGAAUAUUGUGGCAUUGGGUACUCUACCAGUUGCACUACAGGAGAAUGCUGUUGCGGAUGAUCUUUUAUGCUGUAUGCAGGGAAUUGAAGGAAAAUACAUUCUAGCUCGGGCUUUGACUGAAAGAUAUGCACCAAAAGAAUUCAUGAUUGAUCAGAGUUUAGACCCCUCUUUGCAUGAACUAGUGAGAAGGAUUCUACCCCUGUGUUCUAACUACUCUACGGUGGUUCGUUUCAUCGAAGAAAAGUCUGCCUUUGAAUAUGGCUUGGUCAACCAUGCACUCAGUGCUGCCAUGAGAUCCUUGAUCAAGGACUAUAUGGUGCUUGUUGCUCAGCUGGAACACCAGUACAGAGUGGGUCAGCUGUCGUUGCAGAAAAUGUGGUUUUAUUUGCAACCAACUAUGCGAACUUUGGACAUUUUGGCCUCCAUUGCCAAUUCUAUAAAUAGGGGAGAAUGCAUUGGUGGUGCAGUGCUUAGUCUGCUCCACGAGAAGACCUCGAAUCUCAUUGGAGAUGCGAAAAGCCAGGAACUGUGCCUCUAUCUCACUCAGUCUGCAUGCAUUCCUUACUUUGAAAUCCUAGAAAAAUGGAUCUUCAAGGGAGUCAUCCGUGAUCCAUUCUCAGAGUUUCUUGUGGAAGAAAAUGAAAAGAUUCAGAAGGAAAAGCUACUUGAGGAGUACAAUGAUGCUUAUUGGGAACAGCACUACACAAUCUGUCGUGAGCGAAUUCCUGUAUUUCUGGAGCAGGUGGCUGACAAAAUUUUGAACACAGGAAAAUACCUCAAUGUAGUGCGGCUUUGUGGGCGAGAUGUUAACUGUCCGCAUGCGGCGGACAUGGUGUACACACUGAAGGAGAGGCGGUACUAUGAUCAGAUUGAGCAGGCUUAUGAUUACGCAAGCAAGCUGCUGCUAGAAUUGUUAAUGAGGGAGAAGGAACUUAUGGCUCGCAUCAGGUCAAUCAAGCACUACUUCCUGUUGGACAAGGGUGACUUUAUUGUGCAGUUCAUGGAUAUGACAGAGGAAGAGAUGAGGCAAAACAUGGAUGAUAUCAUGCCAACUCGGCUUGAAACCUUGCUUGAACUAGCCCUGCGGACAAGCACAGCCAAUGUUGAUCCUUUCAAAGAUGACUUAAAAGUGGACUUGCUUCCAUUUGAUCUUAUAACUCAACUUUUCCGCAUUCUGACAAUUGACACCAAACAAGAGAAAGAUUAUCGUGUAGACCCAACAGAUCUUCAUUUGUCUGGUCUGGAGUCCUUUUCCUUUGACUACGUUGUGAAAUGGCCAGUAUCGCUGGUGGUGAACCGUAAGGCUCUCACGCGAUAUCAAAUGCUGUUCCGACAUCUAUUCUACUGCAAACAUGUGGAGCGGCAGCUUUGCAGUGUGUGGGUAGGAAACAAAGUGGCCAAGACUUACUCUCUCCAGAAGUCCCGCUGGUACUCUGCAGCUUUUGCCUUGAGGCAGCGCAUGCUCAACUUCGUGCAGAAUUUUGAGUACUACAUGAUGUUUGAAGUUAUUGAACCUAACUGGCACCUCUUUCAGCAAAACAUGGACACGGUCUCCAAUGUUGAUGACGUUUUGGUGUACCACACAGACUUCCUAAACUCCUGUCUGAAGGACUGCAUGCUUACCAACCCUGACUUGCUCAAGAUUGUUCACAAACUCAUGAUGGUUUGUGUUACAUUCUCGAACUUUGUCCAGCGCCUGAACAAGAGCACAAUUUUGGAGGCAGAGGUGACACGCCUGACUAAAGAGAGCACCUUACAAGCACCUGGUCCUCAGCCUUUAGGAAAAGAAGAGCAGAAGAAGAAGGCAGCUGCAACUAAGGUGGUUUCAGAGCACGUUGACCAGCUAGUGUCUAGUGAAACCUUUGAGCGUACCAUCACCAACUUUGAUACAAACUUUUCAAAACUGCUUUUAGAGCUGCUGGACAAAAUUUUGGAUAUGAGUAGCAACAACUAUGACCAGAGAUUAUCAAACAUCAUCUACAGACUUGAUUUCAAUGGAUUCUACACAGAGAGGCUAGAAGAAGUAACUGCACAGCGACAUGCCUCUACCAUGUCUACAAGCGCAGACUUGAGCAAUCAAGCUGUACAUGAUGCAGGUGGUUUCCAUUCCUGGAUGGCAUCUUAUACAGCCACACAGCGACCUGACUCUGCCCAUGCAACCCCCAGUGCUCUCCGCUCUACUAUGUCCACCAGUGCCAAGUAAAGAAGUCAAGCAGCUUCAAAGACCUGACAAAAAAUGCUUUCUGAUAAAACUUGUGGCAACAAAAGCUUACACUAACCCACACUGACUGAUCCCAUUUGAUAAAGAUCUGGUGCAACAAGAGAAUCUCAAAAGACUUAGCAUCAGAACUAUUCAGUGUGAAGAAUUUCUUUUCCAUACGAUGAUGUGCUUAUCAUUCAGUAGCUAAUUGUUCUUAGGUCAGCUUACAAAAGACAAAAAUGUGCAAAGCUUUUAAAGCUAUUUAUUCCCACAUCCCCAGCAGGAUUCUAGACUGGACUGCAUGUGUGCAUCUUACCUUCUAAUCAUAAUCUUGCAAAUACCUUGGACAGUGAAAAGGCUUGCUUAAUAAUUUUCUGUUUGUGAAAAGCAUUUGUCAGUACCCCCUUCCCCCUUUCAAGAUUUUUUAACAACCCUUUAUUGUUGGAAAUGUGUAGAAUGAUAUGCCCACAGCUAAAAUUAAGAGCAGCUAUAUUUAACUCAUUUUAACUAAUUGCAACAAGGUACUUGGGGCAUCAUUCCACACAGACCUAGCAUGAUGCAUUGGUUAGAUGGGAUAACUGCUUUACCUGACGUCUUUGGACAGUUUGCUAAAUAAAUUGCUGCCUGGUAUAAAACCUUGUCUGAUAAAAAGAUUUGGUAUCUUUACUGUAAAUUAUCUUAUAAAUAAAGCAAUAUUACAAUG